AUGCCUGAGCAGCCGAAAACAGCUCCCAAGAAGGGCGCUAAGAAAACCUUACCGAAGCCAGUGGGCAAAAAACGCAAGAAGUCGAGGAAACAGAGUUACUCCAUCUACAUCUACAAAGUGAUGAAGCAGGUUCACCCUGACACCGGCAUCUCUUCCAAGGCCAUGGGCAUUAUGAGCUCGUUCGUCAAUGAUAUUUUUGAGCGCAUCGCGGGCGAGGCGUCCCGCCUGGCCCAUUACAACAAGCGGUCGACCAUCAGCUCCCGGGAGAUCCAGACCGCCGUCCGCCUACUUCUGCCCGGGGAGCUGGCCAAACACGCCGUGUCUGAAGGGACAAAGGCGGUUACCAAGUACACCAACUCCAAAUAAAUAUCCACUGGGUACGGACAAAACAAAUUGAAAACCCAACGGUUCUUUUCAGAACCACGUACAUUUUCGAUAAAGAGUAAAAUGUCAAGUAAUUCAAACACGUUGCUCUUCGAAUUUAAUAACCUUGUUUCUUCCAGAUU